AUGCAUGAAAAACAAAGCAAUGAUAUUGAAUGGGAGAAACUACCAGAAGAACGAAAAAAGCGCUCAAAAUGGAUUUCGGUUGUUGUAUGCAUUUUGACCACAACAGCAAUAACAGCACAAGGCUUCACUAAGAGACCAGCAUUCAAAUACAAAACAGUCAAUGUCAAUGAUAUUUCCACGACCCAAUCGGAGGCAACUAAAAAUGGAACAAUUAUAAUCCACAAAAGGGAAAAAAAAGACACCCUUCCAAUCUUGCUCAAUCUUGGCACUGGAUUGGUAGCGAUCAUGGUUAGCACUGUAUUUCAUCACUUCUGUCUUAUAUCUGAAGAACCAUUUCAUGUCGAAGUCUUAUAUCUGAAGAACCAUUUCAUGUCGAAUGUUGUCACAACGGAAACUGACAAAAUGUUAAAAGCUCGCUUCGAUGGAAUCUCGCAUCCAGCAAUUGGUGUUCUUUUUCUGGUCCUUGUGAUGAGUUCAACCAUUCCUUUGAUACAAACAGUCAAGCAUAAUAUUUCAAUAUAUUUAAUGACAUUAUUAGAAUCCAAAAAAAUAUCGGGCAAGCACUUCAAACUUAAAACAAAUAUCAUGCAAGAAUAA